UCACGCCCCGCACGAGUCGUCUGGUUUCCUCUCAUAACUGAUAUUAUUCAAAAUAAUGCAUACAUAAGUUGUAUGCAGUUCAAGCACAGUAUUUAAUAGUGCUGUGAAUACACGUGUGACAAGGCAGUCAUGACAACAGAUUGCAUGUUAUUGUUAUCAAUAACCAGACUUUCUAAAUGUAUUUAUUAAUCUCUAAUCUCAUUAAUCUAUUAAUGUGCACAUUUUCCAAUUUAAUAGAAAGUCUUUGCACAGUUGUACGUUAUCUGAAAUCAGCAGGACAAUGAAGUGAGAGGAGGUCGCAGUGUGCUCAGACUUUGCCCCACCACGCCAGUAUAAAGUCCCGUUAUACGCAUCACUCAUGACGCGUAUUACUUUAUGUGCUUUUCUUAUACUCUUACACUGACCUACGAAGUGUCACUAUACUGCGGAGUUGGCUACUGAAGAACAGAGGUUGAAGAUGGAGACCUUUAAUCACAGAUUUAACACAUAUAUUGACUCUUGGAUGGGACCCAGGGAUCCCCGGGUUCGAGGAUGGCUUCUACUGGAUGACUACAUCCCCACUUUUACCUUCACUGUUUUGUACCUUCUGAUUGUGUGGAUGGGACCAAAAUACAUGAAGAAUAAACAGGCAUACUCCUGCAGAGCUCUGCUAGUUCCAUAUAAUCUCGUCCUGACGCUUCUGUCACUCUACAUGUUCUAUGAGCUAGUGAUAUCAGUAUAUCAAGGCAGUUACAACUUCUUCUGCCAAAACACUCACAGCGGAGGAGAGGCUGAUAAUAGGAUGAUGAAUGUCCUGUGGUGGUAUUACUUCUCCAAACUCAUUGAGUUUAUGGAUACUUUCUUUUUCAUCUUGAGGAAAAACAACCAUCAGAUCACUUUCUUGCACAUUUAUCAUCAUGCCACCAUGCUCAACAUCUGGUGGUUUGUCUUGAACCGGGUGCCAUGUGGCCACUCGUAUUUUGGUGCAACGUUUAACAGUUUCAUUCAUGUGCUGAUGUAUUCGUAUUAUGGCCUGUCUGCUGUCCCAGCCCUGAGACCAUAUCUGUGGUGGAAAAAAUACAUCACUCAAGGGCAGCUGGUCCAGUUUGUCCUGACUAUUUUCCAAACAUCUUGUGCUGUGGUUUGGCCAUGUGGUUUCCCUAUGGGCUGGCUGUAUUUCCAGAUCACCUAUAUGAUUUCUCUAAUCCUGCUCUUCGCAAACUUCUACAUCAAGACUUAUAAGAGAAAUGGAGGAUUACGAAAAACAAAUUCCUCAAAUGGAUCAAUAAAUGGUUACACUAAUGGGGUGAUGCCCAAUGAGAAGGUUAAAAACAGGAAAUCUCGUUCAGAUUGACAGCAGUUUCUUCAACUGCAACUCUGUCAUCAGCAUCUGUGUAACACAGCAAUGCAAGCAAAGAAGUUUUCCUUAUUAAUUCACUAUAAUACACUAUUUGCACAGCCCAGCCUCUUGGUAUUCAUAUUGAAUAAAAAAAAAUAGGGGAAGAGAGCAUUACAACAAAUAAGGUCCAAGUUAGCACAUUUUUCAGGCAUUUAGAGUUUUGUUUUUUUAAUAUAUGACUCUUGAAAGAGGCUAGUCUUAAUAAUGUAAUGAUUUGCACUAGUGUCUUAACCAAGCUUGUUAUUUGUAGAUAUGAGGACAAAAAUAAUGUAUCCGACCAAUUAACCAAAUAGGAUAAUGCCACAUUCAUUCAGCAGCAGCGUAUACACGGUAGUAGACUUGACAAGAGCAUUGACAGAUGAUCACAUGUUCAUUAAAGGAUAAAAUAGGAAUAGACAACAAAGUCCUUUUUGCUUAAACAUAUAGUAACUUUUUUGUUUGAUUUUAAUUUAGUGGAUAAAUGUAUGGUUACAUAAAAAUAAUUUUUCUUUUGCCUUAUUACUUAUGAUUCUGGCCUUUCAAAACGCAUGAUUUUAUCGUAGAUGGGUGUUAUAACAUUUGUACACACAACACGCAUUCAACAGGCUUACGUUCCAACAAUUCUUUUACUGUGUUUAACAAAUCAUGUUUAAUAGAUUUCAGUUCAGAAUUAGCAUACAUAGAAUGAGAGAAAGACAGUGAAGUACACUGAAGUAAAACUAGCUGCAGUGUUGUUAAAGCUAGAGAACAUUUUUCUUGUAUCUAGCUCAGCUAGUAAUGAUCUUACUAUAUACAGUAUUUUAUUGGCUCUCUGAGUGUGCCUGUUACACAAGACAUUGUUAGUCAAGUCUUUCAGCAUCACAGUUACCAGAUAGAGGAGAGUGUACUGCAGGAGUUGCCAUCAACACUUUGUAAGUCAAAUCCUAUACACAGUGCAAUUGCAGACAAUAGUCCUCUGUCUACUUCAUGGAGACAUCAGGCUUACUAUAAGAGUAACUUUAAUGCGGUUGAGCCAACUGAAUAUGUAUUAGACCCAAAGAAAAACAGAACAUUCCAGUAUGUACCAAUUCUGAAAUCUUUACAGCAGGUGUUAAAUUGUCAACCCAUCUUGGAUAAAGUGGUAAACUGUACAGAAGGAACAUCAGAAAUACACAAUGAAACUCCAGUGUAUAAAUCAUUUCAUGUUGGACUAAAUUUCAAAGAGAAUCUAUUACUUACAGAGGGCUCAGUUAUUUAUUUUAUACUAUAUGUGGAUGAUUUCGAAAUAUGUAAUCCUCUUGGCACGUCAAAGAGAAAACAAAAAUGUGUAACCUGGAUGUUUUUUGACAGAUUCCACAAGGUUAAUAGCUUGAAUGCAAUGAAUGCAUACAAAGGUUUACACACUCAGUUAUUUACUGCAUUAUGUUAGCACAGAUCUGUCUAUUGCUGUAGUAUAAUAUCAGUGUAUGUACUUCAGCAUAACAAAGCUUUAUUAAAGCAUCUCUACCACAGUUUAAA